GUCCCUGUGGAGUCCUGCCUCUGUGGGCACCUGUUCCUGGGAUGGCUCGAAAGUGUUCUCAGCACAGAGGGACCACCAUGCCCAGGUCCCUGCCCCCAAAAGUGACCCCCAGGAAGAAUCCUGAUGUCCUUCUUGCUGCUGGAAGAAACCUGCAUGGGAGUCCAGUUCCGUUUAGCGGCUCAGCACCGGAAGCCAGGCUGGGCAGGGUUCUCCGCAAGGCGUGGCCACCCACCAGAAAGAGCCUGGCAUUGUCAGUGUGCCAUCCACAGCUGGACCUGGCCCUGGCCCUGCCCCCUGGACACGGCCCUGUGGUCCUGCACAGCCCUGUGGUCCUGCACCAGGGCCCCCACACCAAGGACAGACACUUGUUCCUCUUCCGGGAUUGGCUGGUCGUCGCCAAGCAGAGGUCUUCUGAGGGCUACCGACUCAAACAGAAGCUGCAUCUCUCUGACGUGGGGGUCAUCUUCUGUAACCAGGAGCAACGGCAGGACAAGGAUAGGGACCACAAACUCAUCCAUCAAGGAAACAUGCUCUGCUUCACGAUGGCCUCCAGCCCUUGCCUCACCGAGUUCCCGUGAGU